ACACUGAACCUCAUCAUCGUGUUGGUACAAUUUAUACUUGAGCAGGUAAUCAUGUAAUGAGCUAAUGCUUAUGACCACUAUAACUAUAUGAAUGUUGUGUUCUUUUGUUUUUUUCUCUUUCUCAAAGGGUGCAUCAAAAAAUCUAAAUCUAAUGGAGUGGGAUAAACUCUGGACAAUCAAUAAGAAGAUAAUUGAUCCUCUGUGUGCAAGGCAUACUGCUGUGCUGAAAGACCAGCGUGUGCUCUUGAUUCUGACCAAUGGUCCAGAGGAGCCGUUCGUUCGAAUCUUACCGAGGCAUAAGAAAUAUGAGGGUGCUGGAAACAAGGCUACAACCUUCACAAGCAGAAUUUGGUUAGAGUAUGCUGAUGCAUCAGUCCUGAUCACCGGUCAGGAAGUCACUUUGAUGGAUUGGGGAAACACAAUAAUUAAAGAAAACAAGACAGAGAGUGGAGUAAUUACUCAACUGGUUGGUGAACUCCAUCUUGAGGGGUCAGUGAAGUUGACCAAGCUGAAGCUAACUUGGCUGCCUGAUAUUGAAGACCUCGUAUCUCUAUCUUUGGUUGGAUUUGACUUCGUAAUUACAAAGAAAAAGUUGGAAAAGGAUGAUGACUUUGUUAAUGUUAAAUUUAUUAAUCCUUGCACACGGCGAGAAACUUCGGCUCUUGGAGACCCAAACAUGAGGAACCUCAAACAGGGAGAGAUCAUACAGCUUGAAAGGGAAGGGUACUACCGAUGCGAUGUUCCAUUUAUCCGGCCGUUCAAACCCAUUGUUCUUUUUGCAAUACCAGAUGGCCGACAACAACCCCCAGCAAACUAGGAGUCCUGUAUGGUUUCUGAGGCACAUGAUUACAGGUUAAAUUGGUCAGCUACGGUAUGUUAGAUUUCUGGACAUCAAUGCUCGAAUCACGUUAUUCAAGAUGAAUUGCUUUGUAAGGUCAAAUCUUGGAAGUCAGAAUGUGAGGUUUCAGUGUUUAAUGUCAACUGUCAUGCUUCGCAUCGCGUGUUGUCUGCCAACUGCUGAUAGUUUAAACUGUUGAGUGGAUGUUAUGCAAUCAAUCUUCGUUGUGACAAUAAUGCAUGACGAAGUGGCCGACAGUUACAAAAGAUCUCGUCUUAGCUCCA